AUGUCGUCCGAUACACUCGACAAGGCUGUCUCCAUAGACUCUUCUUCUUCAGUCCCCGAUUCUAAGAAACUGCGAUUAUCGUGUGAUAACUGUCAUGCCGCCAAAGUUAAAUGCACCAAGGAGCGUCCCUUCUGCUCAAGAUGUGCCAUCUCGGGGGCUCCUUGUGUUUAUUCCAAGUCACGAAGAGCCGGGAAACCUAAAGGCUGCGGAAAGCAUCGCCCACGUUUCAGCAAAUCAUCCACCCCAUCAGAGUUCAACAGUCGGCCAGAUUCUCCAGUUGAAGAUGGUCGGUUGAGUAUGGACUAUGACGAAGGCGCCUGGAGUGUGGAUAUACCAGGCACUGGUCGCUCCUCCCUUCUCGACCAAAGCUUCAGCAACCUCCACUCUGCAGCUGAGUCCACACGCUGGCUAGAUCCAACUUCGACUCAAAACACUAUUACUCACGGUAGAAACAUGGAUUUGGAAGAAUCCUUUGCUUCUGCGAUCAAUACCACCACUUUCACCUCCGAUUUCAGGAUGUCGCCGGACUGGAUGUCGGGCAUGGACGCGACAAGAGCUACGGUCCCCUUCUCUACAGAUAAUAAUAUGGCGACCAACAACGCCAUGUUAUAUAACGAAUUCACAUUUGAAGGCAGUAUCCUAGAUGACUCCAGCUCCGGUCUCGGUGGCAGCCCACCAUCUUGCAAUUGCCCCAACGCAUUGCAAGAAAUCCUUACUGCCCUCAAUGGUGCCAUCUCGAGCUUCGACCGGUUUCUUGCCAUCAACAAGUCCGCAGUUGCACGCAUGACUCACUGUCUCUCCUGUCAUUGUCUGCCUGAUAUAUCCUCUGUCAUGCUCCUCUCCGUCAUCAUCACCCGGAUCGUGCAGUGCUACAAGAAGAUCCGUAACGGAGAGUGUCAGGGCUCUGAGGAAGUCGGUGUAACCAUGGGCAUGCUCAAGAUGGAUAGUGAAGAUGAAUAUCAGAUCAAAAUGGUUCUCAUUCGUUCCGAACUGCGCAAGAUUAAAUUGCUCAUUACCCGAUUUCGCGAUAGAUUCGAGAAUUUCCUGCAGGGCGCUGACAGACAACUGUAUGAGGCGAACAUGUCAUUCCUGGAGUAUGGAUUAGACGACACAAUCAAAGGACUUUAA